AUGGAGCGGUCGCGGCGGCUCCUGCUGUCGGACUACGACGGCGCCAUCGAGUCGCCGCUGCCGUCGCCGCCGCCGCCGUCCUCGGCCACGCCGUUCCGCCCCGGGGUGGCGGUCGUCGUCGGCAUCCUCACCAGCGUCUUCUCCAUCACGUUCCUGCUCCUGCUCUACGCCAAGCACUGCAAGCGCAGCGCCGCGGAGUCGUCGGGGCCCUACGGGAGCGCCGGCGGCGGGUUGCGGUCCUCCGGCGCCGGCGGCGCGGGGGGCGGGGACAGGAGGAACUCCGGCGUCGACCGCGCCGUCGUCGAGUCCCUGCCCGUCUUCCGCUUCGGCGCGCUGCGCGGGCAGAAGGAAGGCCUCGAGUGCGCCGUCUGCCUCGGCCGGUUCGAGCCCACGGAGGCGCUCCGGUUGCUGCCCAAGUGCCGCCACGGCUUCCACGUCGAGUGCGUCGACACGUGGCUCGACGCGCACUCCACCUGCCCGCUCUGCCGCUCCCGCGUCGACCCGGAGGACGUCCUCCUCCUCCCGGAGCCACCCAAGCCGUCUACCACGGGCCCCCCUGACCCGCCGGAGACGAAAGCGGCGGCUGCUGCUCCGGGCGGAGGAUCUCCGGCCGGCACUCCACGGGUUCAGUGCGCGCGCCGGGGCGUCGGCCCCGCCUCGCGGCGGUCGGCCGACGGCGGCGCCGCGGUCGGGUGCUUCGACGGCGCCAAGGUGCGCAAGGACCGGGUGCUGCUGGUGGAGCCGGCGGCCGUGGUGGCGGAGCCGGACCCCGUGGCGUUCGACCGGCGGUUCGGGCACCGCAUCCUGGUGAGCACCGCGGGCGGGUGCGAGGGCGAGACGGCCCCCGCGGCGCAGCAGCGGUGGAGCGACCUGCGCCCCUCCGACCUCAUGUUCGUCCGCGCCGAGUUCCUGGUCACCGAGGCCGGCCGCUACUCCUGCUCCGCGGCCGUUGUCAACUUCGGCAACGCCAGGAGCGCCAUCGGCGUGCGGAGCCUGUCGGAGCUCGCGGCGGGGGUCCGCCGCCUCCCGCCCAUCCGCGCCGGCGCGUGCGAGGGCGAGGGCGAGGGGGGGAGGCCGAGCCACGAACCGGUGGCGGCGGCGGCGCCCGGCGGUGGCCCGGGUCGAGAUGGUGGGCUCCCCGUGGGACCCCGCCCGCGCGUAACGGCCCUAUCGCCUAGGCCUUCGUGGCUCGGGACCCCACGUUGCAGCCGGGAGAAAGUUUUUUCCGCCGUCGACGUCGUGCAUGCCAAAGUGCCCCCUGAGAUGCCACGCAAUUGCAAGCGGCGGGGCUGGCUGGCCGCUCUCCGUGGUCGCCGGCGCGUCACGUGA